GUUGAAUAUCGCGUUUCUGAGAGGAACCAAAAUGGACAAAAACACCCAAAUUUGGUCAUCGUAAUGGUAGCAAUUUUCCUUGAACUCAUCACAUGUUCCACUAACCAGCAUUUUCUCAAAACCCACUUUUUUCUUCUUUUUUUUUUUCUUCCCUUGUUAUUUCCCCAUCCCACGACAAUACUUAAACCAAUAAAUAAACAAAAACCAAACGCUUUCAUUCAAACACCAUAAAAGAAAAAAGCCUAAUUAAAUAAUGCUUUUACCUCCUCCUAAAACAGUUAGCAGAAGAUUUUAGACCUGUUUAUUUUUUUCUGGGGUUCGAACUUUGAAAUUGAGUAAAGGGUCAUCUUGGUCCUGGCUUUUGAAUUGUGUGGACUGAGGUGGGCUCUGGGGUUUUUGCGUAGAAGUUGGAAAUUCAUUGUUUGUAAUUGUUGGGUUCUUCUUUUUCCCUGUUAUUUCUUGGAAAAAUUUGUGAGUAAUGGGUGACGAGAAAUCGGGGAUUGGGAACAGUAGUAGGGAGCGAGAUCGGGAACUUUUGAUUCCGGUGGCUGAUUCCGGCAACGAUGAUUCUUCUAAACCCUCCUCCUCGGCUGCUUCUUCUCACCAUAACUCCGGACGCGAGACCUUUUACAAAGUCAUUAGAAGCUGGGCUUCGAAGAAAUUCAUGACUGGAUGUGUCAUCCUAUUUCCCAUAGCCAUCACCUUCUAUAUCACAUGGUGGUUUAUCCAUUUUGUGGAUGGCUUUUUCUCGCCUAUCUAUGCUCAGCUUGGGAUUGAUAUUUUUGGACUGGGAUUUGUUACAUCGAUUACUUUCAUUUUCUUGGUUGGAGUAUUCAUGUCAUCAUGGUUGGGUGCAUCUGUUUUAAGUCUGGGAGAAUGGUUCAUCAAGCGCAUGCCGCUUGUUCGUCACAUCUAUAGUGCUUCCAAGCAGAUCAGUGCCGCCAUAUCUCCAGAUCAAAACACCCAAGCUUUUAAGGAAGUUGCAAUAAUAAGGCAUCCACGUGUUGGCGAAUAUGCAUUUGGGUUCAUCACAUCAUCCGUUACCCUCCAGGUAUGAGAUAUGCUUCUGUUUCAAUUGGUCGUCACACCUCAUGUAGGAGAUCAAUAUUUGGAAGUAUCACCUCGGUUAAAAUUCUCUAUACUUUACUGUAUCGCCUUGUGGUUUUUAUAUUCUCACUAGAAUCUGGCUGCUACCAGAGUUGCUCCUUCAUGCUUGUUGAUUUCAAAUUUUAUCCAGAAUCUUACUGUCCCUUGAGUUGCUUUUCUAUUAGUAAUACAUUUAGCUUCUUGCUUCUCAUUUGCUUGCCACAUUGGAUUCUCAGCUCAGUUAAGACAUGACUUGGUUCAGAGUUAUAGUUUUCUUCAGCUGUAGGUGGUGCCUGAUUUUUUGUUCACGAAAACUUGAAAAGUGGGACCUGGGCAUCAAAUGUGAAUUAUUCCUGAAUCAUAUAGUUAUUCUCAACAUGCUUCCACUUAGAUAGGCAUGCAAUUAUGGUAUUCUUGAGUGAAGGUUUUCUCCAUUGGUAGCUACCUCCCACAUGUUUCAUGUCCUUCUUGACGCUGAAAGGUUAUGUUUUAAAUAUUAUGAUUGAUACUACCACUUGACAAUUUGUUGUUUUUUGCAUCCCUUUUAAAAACUAAAACUCAAAGCUUAUGCAAUUGUCGUUUGUGCUUUUGAUAAGUGUUACUCUGUCUAAAAUUUUCUUGAAUCCAGAAUUACGCAGGAGAAGAAGAGUUAUGCUGUGUAUAUGUCCCAACAAACCAUCUUUACAUUGGUGACAUCUUUCUGGUCAAUGCCAACGAUGUUCUUAGGCCGAAUUUGUCUGUUCGAGAAGGAAUUGGUAAGAGAUUCUCUAUAGUAUGAAUGCAUACUGCUACAUAUCUGCUGAAGAUCUUUAUGCGGUUUGAUUUUGUUUACCUUUUCCCCCUAGUUGCAGUCUUCAACUAAACCCGGGGAUAUUUUUCUGUAUGAUGUUUGUUAUACAACAUCAUGAUUUUGUUCCAACAUAUUGCCCUCAUUUGUCGUUUCAGAGAUUGUUGUUUCUGGUGGAAUGUCAAUGCCACAAAUCCUUUCAACGUUGGAUCCUGCAGUUGUCCAAGUGGAUAGAGUUAGACCUGACAGAAGUUAGGAUGAAGACGGAUAGCAGUAGUCGAAUGGCUUGCUCUAUCAAUCCUGCAUUCCAAGCUGCAGAUAUAGCCACGCAACUAGCUUUUUUUGGCAACUGGUAUUAGUUUUGCAUUCAUCUACUGAUUCUUGCAGUAUAGAGGAGUUGGCGAAGGGUAUAUGAUAGUAGGGAUAUAGUGGCCAUUAUCAAAUGCGUUAAGCCUGAUUUUGCCUAUUGUUUGCAUUGUAUUGUGUUCUGAGUCUUUUGGUUUUGUUGGGCAACCCUCGUCUUUUUUAUGGACUUGAGAAUGAGAUUUGUGUAUAUAUAUACAAAUGCAAGGCAUGAUACUUCCAGAUUGUGAGACCUUCUAACAAGCUUAUUGUGCCUGCUGUUGUUUUCAAACAUGGAAAAGUAAAACUAAUUAUAAUUAUAGUAAACUUGACUCCUGGCUGGCCAGCUUGUUAUUAUGCGCAAGCGCAACAAUGGAUGAAGGCAGGCAGCGAGCAUGAUUACUAGAAACACUGUGAAACUAUUUCUCCC